UCCCCCCACCCUUUAAUUAAUCUCUCGACCCUUUCGCGACGAUUCAUUAUUUCUUCGCUGGAGUAAGUAGUAGGUCAGCCAGGAAGGAUCGUAGCUAAGAAGAAGAGAUGAGUGGGAGUGGAGAUAAUAAUAAAGUAAGUGGAACCACAAAGACACCUGCUGAUUUCCUCAAAUCCAUCCGUGGCAGACCCGUUGUCGUUAAGCUCAACUCCGGUGUUGAUUAUCGAGGCAUUCUUGCUUGUCUUGAUGGGUAUAUGAACAUUGCAAUGGAGCAGACAGAGGAGUAUGUUAACGGACAGCUCAAGAACAAAUACGGUGAUGCCUUUAUCCGUGGUAACAAUGUUCUUUACAUCAGUACAGUGAACACACCUUUGGCGGACGGAGCUUAGACCCUUCCUGAUGCAUCACCAUCACUAGCUAUGGCCAUCUUAAUAGAUGCUACCUUCUUUGAUCUUUUUUUUUUUUUGUAAACAACUUCUGCACUUGACAAUUGCCAUGUAUCAAAGAUUUUUGUUUUCCAUUAAUGAAUUUUUGUGAUAA